AUGAAGACUAUCCUGAUAAGCGAUUUUGAUGAAACGAUCACCACCAAGGACACUAUAAGUAUCCUGGGCGAACUUCCCUACCGAAGCAAACAGUGUGAAGUGCCUUGGUCUCAUUUCGUAGAAACCUACCUACAGGGCUAUCGUCGUUACGAAACGACUCCGAGAAAGCUACCGCUGCUCGGUCCAGACGUUUUAGCCGGUGAACAACCCAUAACAACUGCCAAUUACGAUCAAGCGUUUCAAGCGGAAAUUCAGUAUCAAAACAGUCUGCGACCCAUUGAGUUGAACAGCUUAGCAGAACUCGAGCGUACUGAAGCUUUCACCGAUGUCACUGAGACCGAUGUAUUAGAUCUUGCUGCAGACCAAAAACAAUUGAUCCAAGAAGGUUUCCCAACGGCUUUGCCGCUAUGUGACGAAUUUCACGUCUUGUCUGUCAAUUGGUGCACCGAUUUCAUCCUGGCAGUGAUCAAGUCAUCCACACUUGAUCCAGAAACUCUCCAGAAAAUCAAUCCUGCUCAAGUCUACUGCAACUCUCUAAUAAGACGCGGUCCCCACUACACCGGUCUCUUCGAAAAGACUAUAGUGACAGGUUAUGACAAACUAGACAAACUGAACAAACUCGUGAAUUCAUUCCCACCCAAUCUUACCUGUUGGUACGUCGGUGACAGCGAAUCCGAUUUACUUUCAAUUUUACAUCCCAAAAUCAAUGGCGUGCUGUUACUAGAUCCACAUACGAAUGAAAAGAAGUUUCGUCGUAUUGCCAGUGAUAUUAUGGGCCUAAAUCAAGCCGUGGUAACUGGAAUCAUUCAAGAUGCAACCUUUGAAUAUCGCAAAUUUACUUGCAAACAAAAUGGCAACCUGUUGGUUUUCGCCAAGAACUGGCACGCGAUUGCACGUUUGCUACAUCAAGAUUGA